AUGACGAAAUAUCACAUCUUUGGAGUCCUAUGGAUUUACUCUGUGGCUAUCAUCUCGCUCUUUGAUACUCGAUAUGCACUGUUUGGAUUCGGUUGGCUCAGCUCAAGUGGAGAUAUUGUCGAUCGCAGUGAAAAACGGACGGAAGGGGCAAACAAGACACUCACAGCAGGCGAUUUCUUUGUUUUGUGCAUCAUCGUAGUGUACUGUAUAUCGCGGAUUGCAAUUGUACGCACGCUUGUCAAAGAGCUUCCGGACCCAUUUCGUACUCGAAAACGUAUCUCAAAUACUAUGUGGGUUGCUAUAUUGGAUACUGGACUCUAG